AAUGAAGCGUCAUCCUUUCUGAUGUAGAGCGGCACGGCGGCCUUUCUUCGCUGCUCUACAUUUCUCCCCAGAUUUCCGAUAUUAUCCCGGUAUUUCAGAACUCCGUCUCUUCGACCAUGAACCCAAAGUUGCCUCUUCUUGGCAUUUCCGCCUGCCUGGUGCUUUUGUCCGCUCUGAGCUCCCGGGUUUCAGCGGACGGUCUGGUGAACGAGGAGGUGAGGAGAACCGUGGACCUGAGCACUCAUCUAGCCAAGAUCACUGCGGAGAUUGUGCUCUCCAACCAGGGGCCAGGUGCCGUCCAGAGCUUCAUACUAGCGGUGGACCCGGAAUUGGCCCCACACCUUGCAUACAUCGGAGCAUUGGUAAAAGGUGAUGAAGAGGAUGAUGGCUCACUUAAACUCCAACAGACAACAAUUCAGGGCCACAGUGGGGAAUUUUACAAGGUCCACCUGGCUUCCAGUUUGGCAGCUGGUGCUCAGCUGAAGGUGAAGGUGGAGAUGACAUUUAGCCAUGUCCUAAAGCCCUUCCCCACACACAUCACCCAGGCUGAGCGCCAACUGGUGGUUUUCCAGGGAAACCAUUACCUGUACUCCCCAUACCCCACCCGCAGUCAGACCACACGUGUCCGACUGGCCUCCAAGACUGUAGAGAGCUACACCAAGUUGGGAAAUCCAAGCAAGAGCGAUGAAGUCAUUGAAUACGGACCCUUCCGUGAUGUGGCUCCAUUUAGUGAGGAUACAAUGAAGAUCCAUUAUGAAAACAACACACCCUUCCUCACAAUCAGCAGCAUCACUCGCACCAUUGAGGUGUCCCACUGGGGCAACAUCGCUGUGGAGGAGACUAUCGACCUGAGACACACAGGGGCUGUCCUCAAGGGGCCUUUUUCACGUUAUGAUUACCAGCGCCAGUCAGAUAGUGGGAUCUCAUCUGUCAAAUCCUUUAAGACUAUCCUUCCCGCUUCAGCCCAGGAUGUCUACUACAGGGAUGAGAUUGGAAACAUCUCCACCUCCCAUCUGCAGGUUUUGGAUGACUCAGUGGAGGUGGAGGUGAGGCCUCGCUUCCCCCUGUUUGGAGGCUGGAAGACCCAUUACAUCAUUGGCUAUAAUCUGCCCAGCUACGAGUACCUCUACACCCUGGGUGACCAGUACGCACUGAAGAUGAGACUAGUUGACCAUGUUUAUGAUGACCAGGUUAUCGACUCACUCACAGUGAAAAUCAUCUUACCUGAGGGUGCCAGACACAUCAACAUGGAUACACCUUACAACAUUGAUCGCAUGCCAAACCAGCUGCAUUACACUUACCUGGACACCUUUGGCCGCCCAGUGCUGGUUGCCACUAAGAAUAACCUGGUGGAGCAACACAUUCAGGAUGUUGUGGUUCAUUAUAACUUCAAUAAGAUCCUGAUGCUUCAAGAGCCUCUCCUGGUCGUUGGGGCCUUCUACAUCCUCUUUUUCACCGUCAUUAUUUAUGUACGCCUGGACUUUGCCAUCACAAAGGACCCUGCUGCUGAGGUGCGUAUGAAGGUGGCAUCCAUCACAGAGCAGGUGCUGACCCUAGUCAACAAGCGUCUGGGUCUGUACCGCCACAUGGACGAGGUGGUGAACCGCUACAAGCAGUCACGUGACACCGGAGCACUUAACAGCGGCCGCAAGACUCUAGAGGCUGACCACCGCACUCUCACCAAUGAAAUCAGCUCACUGCAGGCCCGGCUUAAGGCAGAGGGCUCUGACUUGGCCGAUAAGGUCGGGGAGGUGCAGAAGCUUGAUGGCCAGGUGAAGGAGCUGGUGUGUCGCUCCUGUCAGGAAGCGGAAAGGCUCGUGGCAGGAAAGGUCAAGAAGGAAGCUUAUAUCGAGAGCGAGAAGAACUUGACCAGCAAGAGACAGGAGCUUGUGAGCCGCAUCGACAGUCUGCUGGAUGCCCUCUAAACGGCUCCCGCAUGACAACCACAUCUGCUACAGCACUGACAUACAACCGACCAUUAGUAUGUUUGAAUAUUAAAGGAAACGUGACAUGAAACGCUUACACAUUCAGACGUGAACAAUUACCAUCUCAUCUUACAGUAGUGAUGAGUUUAUCCAAACACUUGUGCCUUUGUGAUAAACUUGAGGUCACUGUGUGCUCAGUUCCACAGCAGCAACAUCAGAAAUCAUUUGUUUUGUCUUUGAGUUUGUUCACCUGUACCUAAGACUUUGUCACACAUGCAGUUCAGUCGUUAAUAUGUUCAAAUGUGGACUGUUUGUUUUCCAUUUUUUAAGUUGAGGGUUUUGUUAUCAAAUGAGUAGCUGAAGGGCCCAAAUGUUUCACUCUCAUGUCUUUACUCACAGCCCAUAUUCUAGGAUUGAAUUAUCGCUAUCUGCCAAGUAUGAGUACUUAAUCUUUUUCUAAUCUUAUCUCUUUUGCACUUGCAGCUGUUUUUCUUUUUCACUUGUCCCAUGUGUUUUGAUGUGAAGGUCCAAUCCUGUUUUCCCAAACCUGAUGGGCCAGUUAUGCUCUGUGAAAAUCUUUUCUACAUUUUCUAUUUUUUUCUUUGUUUGGAACAUGAGAUUAGUGAACACAUGAGAUUAACUUGUAUGUGAGAAAAGACAUGGGAAAUUAGACAAGUAUUUGUAAAAUGGGCAACGGCAUGGGAAAUUUGAAAUAAAACUUUGAGAAACAAUGA